GAUAUUUUUGGACAACAUUUUGCUUCUUGCAAAGAUUGUGUGUGUGCCUCGAAGAACGCCAAAAAUUUUAAAGCGCUCACAUCGAAAUCGGAGUGUUUUGUUUUGGUUUUACCUUUCCACGCAGAACAGCAGAACACCAGACGCUUCGAUCGGCACGGAUUGAACCGGGCAGUUACAUCAUCGUCCGUACGGCAGGGGAGGAAAGACCGCAAACUGUUGGUCUGCGUUCUUGCGAAGGUAGCAAGGAAUCGGCGGAAAAUUGAUAAACCCAAAAGCCCCACAAGACGCACCGGAGAUAAGCCUUUUCGAGCCUGGUGUGUGGGUUCGCUGGCUUGCAGUUUACGGCAUAGGAAGUGCCGUGGAGUGACUAUUAACUUUGUGAUCGAGCGAUGCCUUCGAAAAAGAAAAAGUACAAUGCACGCUUUCCGGCGGGUCGCAUCAAAAAGAUAAUGCAAACGGACGAGGAGGUUGGAAAGGUGGCCCAGGCAGUGCCCGUCAUAAUCUCUAGGACAUUGGAGCUGUUCGUCGAAUCGCUGCUAACGAAAACGCUCAAAAUCACCAACGCCCGGAAUGCCAAGACGCUCUCCCCAUCUCACAUGAAGCAGUGCAUCAUAUCGGAGAGUCGGUUCGAUUUUUUGCGCGACCUCGUCAAAAACAUCCCCGACAUGGGCAUCAACGAGGAGCUGUCCGGGUCGGAAGCGGGCUACGGGAAUGAAGGCACCUCGCCGGCCUCGACCUCUACCUCAUCAUCCUCCGCGUCCUACUCGAAUGGUGGUGCGGCGGCGGCAACCGCAUCGGCUUCGGCAUCCCUCAUCGCGGGUCAUCACCACCACCUGCCGUACGAGAUGGUACAUCCGGCGUCGCUCCAGCGCUCUGAGUCGUACACACCGGCUACGGCAUCCAUCUCGCUGCUGCCACAACACCACCACCACAACAGUCAGCCGUCACACGGCAAACGGGGCCUCAGUCAGGGUGGCAGCUUGAACUUCUACAAAGAGAUACCGCUCGAGGGGACGGAGAGUCCACCGCCGCCGAAACUGAACCGGCUCAACUCGGCACCGGCCGGUGGUGCACCGACCACUCCGCUGUCCUUCAAGAUCGAUAUACUACCAAACCUACCGGCCGGUAGCGCCACCACCGUGUCCAGCCCGGUCUCCAAACCCGUCUCGACCCACCAACCAUCAUCCGGUGCCAUAACGCCACAGAUUACGUACAAUUUUGAACGACUCGCCGCAGCCGCCCCGUCGGCACCGUCCCUCGAACCGGUGAUAAAGCUGGACUACUCGAACCUAAGACUACCGGCCACGUCCGCCUCCUCGCACGGGAGCCGAUCGACCGGGCCAGUCCCGGUGCCGUCGUCAUCCUCCUCCUCCUCCCUGCAGCCUACGAUCAAAAUCGAUCUCAGCAGCCUAGCAACCGGCGGCACUACCGCACUGUCCAGUGCAGAUGGAGGUGGUGGUGGUAGUCGGACACCGAAAAAACUGACGGAAACAGGAGCAGGAGGGGCAGGAGGCAGCAAACAGUAUGCAUCACCCACGACCAGCACCGCAACCCUGGCCGCCAACUCAGCGGCCGUCCAAAGUCCGGUGGCAUCGGCACUGACGGCACCACCACUCUUCUCCGCCCUCUCGUCCACCAUUCCGGGGAUGGACGAGGAUUAUGACGACAUUUAAUUUACCGUCGGAAGCCGGCAUACGCGGUGGAGAAUGGGAGCGAGAGAUGCGUUACAGUUACAGCAUUUAUUAGUGGUUUUGCGUACCGUACCCUAAAGCUAAUUGUCGCAUAAACCCAAGCAGCCCAACGCAACUAUUGCUAUGAUGUGAUGAGUGUAAAUAGUACCAAUUGUGUGUGUGUGUGUGUGUGCAUGUGUGUGUUCAAAAAUCAAGCAAUGGUGUUAUGCGUCAUGCCUGCCCACUUUCCCAGAAAGCAAGCACCUCGGAAAGGAUGAGAGAGGGAGGGAUAAGUUUUACCAAACAUUCAAUAGGUUUCAUGUAAAGCCUGUCAAGCAAAACGGAGAGAAGUAAUAACAAAACGUAAAACAAAACACACACACACACACACACUAAACCGGAAACUGUUGAAACGGGGCCAGAAGCCUCGCGUCACACCGGAUGAUCCGGAUGGUCGUACAAACGAACGGAAGAACGCGUACACACUGCGGAUUGCGUGUGUAUGCGGUUUGGUUCGGUUUUUUCGUCUUUUUUUAAAUUGGGCUUUCUGCACUCAAUUUUAUUUGCCUUUAGAAGAAAAACAUAACAUGUUAGCGCAGUAACUGUGAAAUAAGAUUGUAUUAAAGCGUAAAUUAAAGAAAACGGUAACAAAAAAAAACAACAACCAAGAAACACGUGUUUCCGGAACACCAAUUUGAUAGUCAAAGAAAGAAAGAGGGUAGGCGUUAACGCGAUUUAGACGGUUUUUUGUCUUCUUCGGGGAAGUAGAUUUGUACCAGAAGUAUUAUCGAAAAUAGUAAAUCAGGGGAGGGGGUGUUAUUUUUGUAUAAUAACGUCACGUGCUUUAGUCAAAGUAGUAGCUCCGGGAGUGAGAACAAAAAAUCACCUAAACAUACUAAACAA